GAGCUGCCCUUGCAUGCUGUUCUCCUGAGAACGGUGUGCAGUGUCUCAUUAACUGGCAAACCAUUCUGACUGGGGGAUUGUGCUGAGAAAUGCUUCCAAGUGUUCACUAGAAGGCUGCUGGUUCCUGCUGCAUGUUGUCUUUGCUGGUUUGAGGAGGUCAUUGUUUUGCUAGCAAAUUAAAAUUAUUUGGGUUUUUUUUAUAUAGUUUCGUAUUCCAGGAAACCUUCCAGUAUUAGGAGAUGAACUAGAACUCAUGUCCUACAGUGUUAGAGUUUACAACAAAAAUGAGUUUAGAACCUUGUAUGCUUUUAUUUUUAUAUGGCCAUGUGAGAUGUCCUUUUGCUUUCAUCUUUAGAUGACAGAAGACACCCUUAAACAAUUCUUGCAACAAAACUCCAUUUAUCAAAGUCUGUCACCUGAAGAAGGAAUGCUGAAGCUCUUACUGCUUCCAUUAAGCUAUAAAUUUUGUUUAUAAAUACAACAACCAACUUGUACAUCCAUGUACCACCCACCUCCUAAGUGAGCAGUGACAUGAGCUGUGGCUUUUUGAAAAAGGCAAAUAGAUAAAUUCAACAUUUGCCAACAUUAAUUGCUGAUUGUGUCAUCAGCUGAGCACUAACAGAUGAAGGUGUUGCCACUUUAAAUGAGUUUUCAAUGGAAACAGAGUAGUUAGGCCCUUUUUUGGUAAAAUUUUGGUUUUCUUCCUGGUCACUGAGUAGCAGAUAGACCAAAAUGAUCACAUUGCAUAAAAAUAUUUCAAUCCAUGUCCCUUAGUCUGCCUUUUGGAGUGAUUUGGACCUAAGCUGCACUGUUUGAUGCUAAGACACCAAAACGUGGCAUGCUGAAGGAGUGGAGCAGAACUUCCUUAACUUCUUCCUUGAUAUACUUCCUUUCCAGCUCCCUUCUGAGCUUUCCAAAUCCUGUUGGCUUUCCUGUGCUUGGUAUUUCUCAUCUGGAGCUGGAAAGUGCCCUAAAACACAGUUAAGCAUUUGGAACUGGACAAAUUUGUGUCCUAAAAGACAAAUUAUCUCAUUUGUUAAUAGAAAUGUCAAUUAAAUUCAUUUAGACUUUGCCACUGUCAUCCUUAGUUCUGUUAUCAGCUGAAAAAGGAAGUAUAUGAAACUCACCCAUACUUCAGUUCAAAUAAUUAAAAUUACACAAGUUCCAAGAGUAAUUGAUCUGUUAACUAAAAUGUUGAUGUGUGUGUCCUCCUUGUUUGCAUAUUUACACGCCUUUGUUUAUAUAACUCUUUGUUUAUAUGAUUAUUUUAUUUGUUUAUUAAAAUCAAGUUUGUCUGCAUAAAUGAAAAAUUAUGCUAAUUUUGCUUUACCAUCAUUUCUUGUUAUAAAUAUCUCAGUAUCUUAUAUUCAGGUCAAGCUCACAGAAGGGGUUUUCAAGAUACUGGGAAUUGUAUCUUAGAGAGUAAAUUUGUAAAGAAGGGAUGUGAUAUGGGAAAUCAUACAUCAGAUCACAAAAGCUGCAGCUUUCUCUUUCACAGUGAAUCCUAAUUCCUGAGUCAAUAUUGAAGGGCUCCCACACUGCAAGGAUCACUGAAAUUAGUGUGAAGUGGCUGUCAAUCUGCCUGAAUUUCAGGCCUCACAUCAGCCAAAGUGAUCUUAAAUCAAGGCCAGUUUGCCUUUAAAAAAAAAUAUCCCAACUUGCCAUCUUCAGCAGCAGCUCUGAGCUGCCAGUGUGCAGGGGGAGGAGGGAGAAGGAGGAAAACCAGGAAGGCAGGAGCUGAAGCAGCAGAGGAAGGAAGCGUUUGAUCCGUGCUGAGGACUCUCUAGCUGAAGUUGAGGAGAAAUACAAGAAGGCUAUGGUGUCAAAUGCUCAGCUGGACAAUGAGAAAACAAAUUUCAUGUACCAAGUGGACACCCUGAAGGAUGCGCUCCUAGAGUUAGAGGAACAGCUGGCAGAAUCCAGGAGGCAAUAUGAAGAGAAAAGUAAAGAAUUUGAGAGGGAGAAGCAUGCUCAUAGCAUAUUGCAGUUUCAGUUCAUGGAAAUGAAAGAGGCUUUGAAGCAGAGAGAAGAAAUGCUUGCAGAAAUCCAACAGCUGCAACAGAAACAGCAGAGCUAUGUCAGGGAAAUUUCUGAUCUUCAGGAGACAAUAGAGUGGAAAGACAAAAAAAUAGGGGCACUAGAGAGGCAGAAAGAUUUCUUUGAUUCCAUAAGGAGUGAGCGGGAUGACCUUAGAGACGAAGUGGUUGUGCUGAAGGAGCAACUGAAGAAACAUGGAAUAAUCCCAGACUCUGAUGUAGCUACCAACGGAGACACAUCAGACAUUCUGGAUAACGAAGGACACUUGGAUUCUUCCCGAAGUGCCCCAGGCACCACUCAGGCAUUGAAGCCAGGAGGGGAGGGGAUGCUAGGCAAAGCCAAUGAAGUGGAGAUGAAAAAUGAGAUUUUGGAGGAUGUGGGGAAAAGAGAAAUCUUGCAGAAUACUGAGCAUGAGGAACACAAAGAGGAGUCUGAGGAGGAGGAAUUACAGACAUUGCAUGCUGCUGAAAAUGCAAAGGCAGAACAAAUGGUUGAAGAACGGGACACCCUGCCAACAGUGAUGUUACCAGAGAAUAGGUUUGCAGAGCAAGCCCAAAGCCUCACAGAACCUAUGUCAGGAAGCACUUCUUCAAACAGUGACAGUGACACAGAUGGCUUGAGGAAGGUCACAGAGUCCAGGGACACAGCAGUCCAGCAGGCUGAGAGUACAGAGGCUGAACACCAUGACUUGAGUGCCAGGACAAAUGAGAACCUGGAGCUGGGCUUUCUGCAAGGCCACCCUAUUUUUGAGACUCCUCAUGAAACGUUUUGUGACUCAGCUACAGAGCAGGAACUGGGAGAAGCUGCACCCAAUCAGGAAGAACAGGAGGAUGUUGAAACCAGCCAUGCCCUGAGUGAUAAUGAAAUGGAUGAAGGAUCUGACAGUAAAAGUGAGAGCAGUGAGUUGGUUUCUAACCAGGCAGGGCUACCUGAGGGAGCAGUGGCUGGCUUGCUUAGGGAAGAGGGAAAUGUGGAGAGUUCUACUCCAGAGGAACCCCAGCACUCAGAAGAAAGUGCUGAAAACAAGGUUGCAAAUGUCUUGGAGGAAAAGUUUGUUGACUGCACUGAUGGAAGACAUGAGAAAACAGCAUGUGACAGAGCUGAAGAAGAUGAGGUUGGGAACACAGUUCAGGGUCAGCUGAGAGAAACUGAAUCUGUGGGUUUGGAGGGGAUAGAGCCAUGUGAAAGGGAUGUCCCAGCAGAGCCACUUGAAGAGGAAGGUGGAGAACGUCAGGCAUUCAUGCAACCAGCUUCUUCAGAGGACAGUGCUUCAGCAUCCCCAGAGGAACCAAGUACACAAGAUAAAACUGAAGAUGAAACUGCUACAGCUGAGAAGGAUGGACAGAAGGAAGAAUUGCUGAAAGAGCUGGAGAAGUGUUCAGGUUCUGCUGAAGCAGGCGAGCAAGGUGUGGCAUCUGUGGAGGCAGGAGGCUGCAUUCCUGAGGGAAAGGGAAGUGAGCUGCAGCAGGCACAGCCUGGAACAGAGGUUGUGAGAGAGGUGAUCACUCAGGAAACCCAUUUAGACCCAAGUCUUUUAGAGGAUGAAAUUAAGGAGACAGAAUUGGAAACAGGGGAUGAGGCUGGGGAAGGACAGGAAAGUAGGACAGAAUGGGAAGAAGAUUUGAAUCCAAAGGCAGAAGUUCAAACAAGUCCCUGUACUGAAGAAAAAGCAGAUGGUACAGAGGGAGAGAAAAAUGUUCCUUUAGAGGGUGAAGUGCAGAAGGUGGUUAAACAAGUAGAAGGUGAAUCUAAAGAGGAGUCAGGUGUAGGUGUUACUGUAACUACUGAAAACAAAGCCAGUAAAGAAACACUGGAAGAAAAUGAGCAAGAGUUAGAGCUUGCAGACCAACCUGGUGGGGAAUUUGCUUCUGAGAAAGGUGCAAAUAAUGCCCUGGCACAGAAACCUGUGCAGGAUGAAAACAUUAGUGAGCAAGUUAAAUUGGAGGUAGAUGCCAAUAAUUCCCUGGCGCAGAAACCUGUGCAGGAUGAAAACGUUUGUGAACAAGUUAAAUUGGAGGUAGGUGCAAAUAAUUCCCCAGCACAGAAGCCUGUGCAGGAUGAAAACAUUUGUGAACAAGUGAAAUUGGAGGACGAAGCAGAGGAAAGCCAGGAAGAUGAUGGUGAUGCAUUUGAUUUUGAUGAAGAGUCAAAUCAGAUACUAGAAUCUGGUGAAAAAUGGGAUGGAGAGAAAGCUGAUGCACAGAGAGAAGAGAGUGAUGGAUCAAAUGGUGCUGUUGGAAAAACUGCCCACAUGGACAAAGCUGGAGAGGGAACAGACAAAAUGGAAACCAAAGAUGCCUUGACCAAAGGUGAAAUCCUGCAGCAUAAAAAAGAUGAGCCUGAAGAAACAGGGCGCUUACAAGGGGAAGUGUUGGGGAAAACUGAUGAGGAGGCUGAUGUGGAGGAAGAUCAAAUCAAAGUAUCAGAUUCUAGUAAAGUGGGAAAAUUACAGGCUCGAGAUGUUUCGGAACAGGAUUUGGAAAGUGCUUUCAUUAAGAGGGCUGAAAGCAGGGAGGAUUUGCAGGUUGGUAAAAAGAGUAGAGGUAGAUCCAGAGAUGACUGUACAAUCUCCUGAGUUCAGAACCUCAAACCUACACGAGUUCCAUGCCCUGU